UUAGUCUCCAACUGUAUCUGAAUGCACCAUGUUGUCUUCACUAUGCAUGAGUCCCUUCUCCAGCAAAGGAGAAGAAGCACAUUCACCACCAAGCACACGAACAUCACACCAUGAACUAUGUCUCCAUGAUCAUGCUCUUACUGCUCCAUCACUGAGCCAAUCCACAUCUCCUUAUAUAAACCUCUUAGAAAACUUGAGCAUCACAAAAAGGAUGACUGCACAUCGCUCACGUUCUGCACCGGCCGUACUAUUCACCGACACUGGCAUAGACUUUCAUGAGCCCUCUGAACCUAGACCUAUACAAAAUUCAUCAACCUUAAUGGUAAGGGUAUCUUUCAUCUCUGUAUUCUUGUAUUUGGCAAUUGGUGUUGCAGUGUACAUGAUAAAUGGGAGUUUCAAGGGUACCACCACACUUAAGCUUAUAGAUGCUAUUUACUUCACAGUAGUAACUCUAAGCACAAUUGGAUUUGGAGAUAUUGUUCCUGAUGCAACAUCUACCAAGAUCUUUACCUGUGGUUUCAUUUUGGUUGGUUUUGGACUUACUGGUUUUCUCCUCAGCGGCUUGGUUGAAUACAUCUGUGAUACUCAAGAAGCAUUCACGUUGAGCAUGAUGGAUGAGAAUAGAUAUAAGAGAAUUCUCUGGACUUACAUAGUUGAUGAAGAGAAAGGAAGAAUGCGAAUUCGGACAAAAGUUUCUUUAGCUUUGGUGGUUGUCAUCGUCUGCAUCGCAACAGGAGCAGUCACAGCUCACUUUCUAGAGGGUAUGGAUUGGAUAGACAGUUUCUAUCUCUCCAUUACGUCUGUUACGACAGUUGGUUAUGGCGAUUAUGCUUUCAAAACUGUAACUGGAAGAUGCUUCGCGAUUAUCUGGCUUUUGGUAAGUACAUUGGCAGUUGCUAGGGCCUUUCUGUACCUAACUGAUUAUAGCAUGCACAAGAGGAAACGUAAGGUAGCAAAAUUGGUUCUUCAUAAGAAGAUAACUAUGUCAGAUUUAGUAGCUGCAGACCUUGAUAAUGAUGGAUCAAUAAGCAAGUCCGAAUUUCUUAUCUACAAGCUCAAGGAAAUGGGAAAAAUAACUGAGAUUGACAUUCUGCAAAUAAGCAAACAAUUUGAUUCCUUGGGUUGUGGCAUCUAUGGCAAGAUUAGUGUUGCUGACCUUAUGGUAAAUGUCUAAUUCAAAUAUCUACUUGGGUUGUUAGGCAUUAUGAACCAUUUAUUGCCAUUUGCAAUAACCAUGGAAUAUGGAUGCACUAGGAGGUGGGAGCACUACCCUUUUGGUCUUGCACAAAUAUUUCAAAAGUGAAAGGUAUCUUAUCAUGGUUGUCAGUAAUGUUCUUAGUGCAAGUUCCAUUUGUUUGAUGGUGUGAUGUCAUACACCAAUGUGAACAGAAUACACAAUUUGGAUUGCUGUUGUACUCUUUUAACUGAAUAAAAAUCACGCUCUUUCAUAUAAA